CCUCUUUUGGUACACCAAGAACAAGAUACUUUGCGUCAAAGCACAAAAAAUUAACCAAAAGAAAAGAAAACACAAAUCCUUUUUCUUUCUUACAAGCCAUCACCUCUCAAACACGCACACAAUCUCUUAUUAAUGUAUUACAAACAAACCAAAAUCAUUUAAUUUAGUCACUUUACUCCCAAUUCGUCACCACUCUUCUUCUCCAUUAAAAAGUACAGUUCAAGCCAUUCCCAACAAACACAACACCAAUGGAGUAAAGCAAAGCAAAGCAAAUAAAACUAACAAGUAAUCAAAAGGGUACUCAUAAAUUACAAUUAUCAUCGAUACAAUCAAUACAAGAUCGAAUUUUUUUCAUCUGGGUAGUGCUAAAAUAGUGAUAUACUGUGAGUAGAGAAGAAUUUAGGAACUGGGUGUUGAUUUUUGGUUAGUGGGUAUUGAUUAUAUGAUUUGUAUGAGUAAUAAUAAUAGGCAAUCUGGGAAAGGCGAGUGCGUAUUUGUUGGACGGGAGAAUAUUCGACUGUAUCAAUGAGAUUACAUCAGCUGCUUUUGCUUUUGCGAGAAUGAACGAUCCUUCUUCUGCUUAUAAAGUUGAAACUACUUCUCGUCUUGCUCAAUGGAAGAUUGAUAAUCUUUCUUCUUGUACUUAUCGUAAAUCUGAUCCUUUCAAGAUCGGCAAAUGGAAUUGGCAUCUAUCAGUGGAGAAGAACAGGGUGCUGUUUGUUAAAUUGUAUCCGGAAAUAUCUAACCUUACAAGAGAAAAUCCUCCGAUAGCGUCGUUUAGUAUUCGAGUUAUUUGUUCUGCUGGAGAUCGUAAGGCUUUGACUCAUCCAGGGAUAACAGAUAAGAAGCUAAAGACUAAUGAUGAUUUUGUUUGGCAAGUUGAAGUUCCAUUAACCGGAAAGUUCAUCAUAGACGUAGAAUUUCUUGAUUUGAAGACAUCAUCUCCAGACGGUGGAGAACCUAGUUCCAUCUGGGCCGAAGGAAUUGCAAAAAAACAAUCAAAUGCAACAGCACUCGCAUGCCUUGGUCGAAUGCUAAAAGAAAGCAUUCAUACCGACAUUACAAUUAAUGCUUCUGAUGGAAGCAUCGGAGCUCAUCGUGCUGUUCUUUCUUCAAGAUCACCUGUUUUCAGCAGCAUGUUUGCUCAUGACCUGAAAGAGAAAGAAUUAUCUACUAUUAAUAUAUCUGACAUGUCACUUGAAGCUUGCCAAGCUUUUCUCAAUUACAUUUAUGGUAGCAUCCAACACGAAGAAUUUCUCGAUCACCGUCUGGCACUUAUUCGAGCAGCUGAUAAAUAUGAUAUCAAUGACUUAAAAGAGGCAUGCCAUGAAAGUCUUUUAGAGGAUAUCGACACAAAGAAUGUUCUGGAAAGACUACAAAGUGCAUCGCUGUAUCAAUUACCAAAACUGAAGAUGAGCUGCAUGACAUACCUCGUGAAGUUCAGUCGGAUAUUUGAUAUUCGUGAAGAUUUCGAUGCUUUCAUGCAAUGUGCAGACAGGGAUCUGAUUGCCGAAAUAUUCCAUGAAAUUCUCAUUGCCUGGAAAGGAUUCUAAAACUCUGCAAAUCAUAUAGAAAGUAAGGUUUAUCGGUGCCUAGAAAAGAUUAUUGUGCAUAAUCUGUUGUCAAAUCGAUUCUUUGAUUUAAAGGAAUUUGUUGGUUUUUUUUUAUUCAUGUACAUAUAAUAUUGGAUUUCAUGACAGACAUAGUAUGCUAGUGCAAGAUGGUGAUGUAUUGCUGGCUGUUUUAUCGGAUGAAAUGUAAAUAAUUUCUCAUUCAAAUUAAAAUUAUGACUGCAACUUCUGUCUA